AUGAAUACAAGGGCACUAUUUUACUUAAAAGAAACUAAAGUAUUCUCAACAUAGGAGCUUACAAAGGCUGUGCUAUCUCUGUACAAUGCAGGAGUAUGUACAUUAAUGUAUUGCCAUGGCUGCCCUUCGCCUACUUUACUAAACAGUCUGUCUGUGAUGUCUGGAAGCUGUAAAUUUUAAGCAGUUUUGAUGGCCUGCUCAACUCAAGCAUUAAACCAAGCAUAUGAAGCUCCUAUUGACAAAAUAAUGACAAGAACUAUGAGAAGGCCAAUUCCAUCAGGGACAAUACCAAGAUCUGCAGCAGUUGCGAUAGGACUGAGCUUAGGAGGAGCAUCUCUAGCAUUAUUAGCACCUUUAGGAUAUAUGACUCAAUUGACAGCGUUAAGUAUUUGGAGUGGAUAUUUGAUGAUUUACACCCCACUUAAAAGGGUGACGAGAUUUAGUACUCAUAUUGGAUCAAUUGCAGGAGCUGCACCUGUUUAUUUAGGAUGGGUAGCAGGAACUGGAACAUUUUAUGGGUUGGAUCCGUUUUUAAUGGGAUUAUUUAUGGCUGCUUGACAAUUUCCACACUUUUAUGGUAUAUAGUUCAUACCCCUAUAUAGAUUUCUUUAUAGAACAAAAUGUAAUGGACUGUUGAACGGCUAUGACAGACUCUCUCGAAAAGAGGAGCCAGAUCUCAUAAUGGAGAGUGUUAAAAAGUGGCACGUCAGAAAAUGGUUGACGAUUGGAAAAUAUUUGACAAGCAAAUGCGCCAAUUUUUUUAAAAUGACUUUAAUAUUAAAGUAAUUUUAAGUUUUAAGAUACCCUUUCAGACUUGUCAAGAUAAAUUAUUAUAAGCCAUUAAGAACUUUAUAAAAAGCAAUCAGUGUUCAAUAUAAACUUUGGCUAUUAUAGAAAUCCAGCUAGUCCCUUUGAGAGAGUCUAUCUUGGUCCUUAAACCUCCAUUGCAUUUUGUUAAAUAAAGAAAUCUAUAUAGGGGUAUGGGCUAUAUUGUGGACUUAUAAACAGGAUUUUCUGAAAGGAGGAUAUAAAAUGAUUACAAAUGUAGACCCAAAUGGAAUAAAAACUAGCAGAGGGAAUAAAAUUGCUGCUUUAAGCCAAUUAUUUGCGACUAUAGGAAUGGGAUAUACAGGAAUGAUACACCCACUUUUCGUUCCUGUCGCCAUUUGGUACAACUGGACUCCUGUCAAAGCUGCACUUGAGCAUUUUCAAGCUGUAAUUUAUAUAUAGUUCCCCAAUGCUAUGACAGGCCACAAGCUAACUAUAGUAAGCUACCGAUUAAUAGGAACCCUUUUUCUUGUCCUUUUCAUAAUAAAUUUGGCGGCGACUAAAUAUAUCCUUAGCGACGACAAACCAUUGCUGUCACUUUAUGCAGAACCUGAGAUCCGGGCCUUAAUUCUAACUCUUAGCUUGCCUUUGAGUGGUGGGGUGGGUAAACUUAAGUUGAAUUGGUGGUGAAUCAAGACCAAAUAUUAAUUAUCUGAUGGCUUUGAGCUACAGUCUUCUCAUCCGACACUGAAGGCGUGACUCAUUUCUACUUGGGUGUCUCUACUCCUCAUGGAUAGAGACAGGAGAUAUAGAGCUAGCCGAUACCUUCAUAGCACUUGAUGGCGAAAUGAUGGAUAAGUCUCCAUAGCCUGUCGAUACUCUUGAUAAAGCAGUGCAAGCCCUAUCCCUAAAUAUGACCUCACUCAAUUAGAUGCUGAAUUUUCUCCCUACAAGUAGGCGGCUGUGGUCGCAAGUAUUUAGAAGCCCUAGCUUGGAAAACUUUAAAACAUUUUAAUUUAAUUGUCCUUUUCGGCACAAUAGCAUGGAGAAAAGCAAUGGAAUGGGUAAAAGAAGUAAAAGAAAGGACAGAUCAAGAACACAGGAAAUACGAGGACUAUAAAGCUUCUAGUUAA